AUGUAUAUUCCAGCAAUUAACAGAGUCGACUCGUGGGACGAAAAGAAAAAGCUUAUCCAGGAGUAUCCUUUGGGUACUGUGGUCACCACGGACGCAGACGGCAAGUUCAUUGCCAAUCACUUCCCAUUCUUCCUCCACGAAGACAAAGAGACUGGAAAGUGGUACUUACAGGCACAUGUUGCCAAAAAGAACCACCAAGUACCUUCGUUGACGUCCAAUGACAACGUGUUGGUGAUAUUCCAGACACCCGAGUCGUAUAUUUCUCCUUCGUAUUAUCCAGAGAAAGAGAAGACUCACAAGUUUGUUCCAACUUGGGACUUUGGCAGCUUGCAUGUUCAUGGAAAGCUGCGGAUCAUUGAUGAUUUCGAUUAUGUCCGAAGACAAUUGGAGAAUUUCAGCUCUCAGCAGGAACUGAAGAGAGAAACUCCCUGGAAAUUGUCAGAUGCUCCGGAGGGAUACUUGAGAAUCAUGCAGAAGGCCAUCACUGGAUUGGAGAUCGAGAUUGGUGACACUGAGUGUAAACUUAAGUUUGAACAAAAGAUGUCUCGGGAAAACAUUGAUGGAGUUUAUAAUGGUUUGGUCGAGGAUGGUGUUCCCGAGGUUGCUGAGUAUGUUAAGCAGUGCAACUUAGAAUAG